AUGUCACGGCCCUCUCCUGCACCCGAACGCUAUAGAAAUGGGCCAAUUAGGCCCCAUUUUUAUAACAAUGGUGUUGCAGCCGCUUCCGCUUCUGACCAGCAACCGACAAUGCGGGCUUCUGUGCAGGAGUUAACCCCAUCCAACUCAGCAGCUGAGGCCCUCAAGGCUGCCGAGUAUCGUUACAUGGUGAAGGAAAUGCAGCGCGCAGUGGACGAGUUCUCACGCCUGUCCUUCUACCACGCCUGUCCCUCUCUCGACCUACUGCAAGAAUGGAGGCGACUGGGUCUGGGAAACAUCGAGGCUCAGUUGGUUAUCGACUGGACCACUGAGUUUCUACCCAAAUACCGCCUUACCCUGGAGGCUGCCCGAGAGUUCAACGCAAUUUUGCAAGCAUCGCACGAUUUUACCUGA